AACAUUCUACGAAUCUAACGCCAUCCAACCACAAUCACUUGCCAGUUACUAUCCAAUCAAGUUGCAGCAAUCUAAAGGGUGUUUUGGUAAUUUCAUCACAUACCAAUUGUAUAAGAAGAAGAGAAGAUCAAAUCACGACUCAUUCCCACAGAUCAAAACAAUGACUUCUCACAGCUGCAUUAUCUCACGCGCCACCGCUGCAUUUGCCCUCCUCUCUCUCCUCUUCUCUGCUGCAUUCCACGACACUCUUGCCGAUUCCUCGUCGGCUAAUUGCAGCAAGAAAUGCAUUGCAGAGCUGUGUGACACGAUGGGAAUCAAAUACGGGAAGUAUUGUGGGGUAGGCUAUUCGGGUUGUCCAGGCGAGAAACCGUGUGAUGAUAUUGAUGCUUGUUGCAUGGCUCAUGACGAUUGUGUUGGCAAAUUCGGAAUGACUCAUGUGAAAUGUCAUAAGAAGUUCAAGAAAUGCCUUAUUAGGGCACAAAAAGCCGGGAAAGUUGGCUUUUCUAAGGAGUGUCCAGUCAGUACCACUGUGCCUACCAUGAUAAGAGGCAUGGACUUAGCUAUCAUGUUGAGCGAUUUGGGUGACAACUUUCAUGAACUGUAAAAACAUUCUAACCCCCUUGAUAUAGGCCAUAUCCCCAUUGUUAAACUUCUCUUGAUUUGAGAAUGUUGAUUUUAAUGAUCCUAUUGUGCUUGGUAAUUAGUUAACCUAUGAUUUUGUUCUAGUUACGAUGUUGUGAUUUAAAUAUUAUUUUUUUGAGAGAAUGUUGUGAUUUAAUUUGUGAUGUCUCAAAAGAAUCCAAUAUUGUUUUUGCACAAGGUUCUGCCAUAUUAUAUUACAUAUUGCUAUCAUAUGCAUAUUCAUGGUUUGAUUAAUGUGGGAGAAUCAGAAUGAGAAGGGAUUGGAUCUGUUAUGCUCGAUGCUCGAUAUCUGUCGUUAUAUUCUUAAUGGGUUGAUAUAGUUCCUGCUAAUCAGAUUAAAACAUGAAGUACUUAUUUGGAUAAGUUCUAAACUUGAUAAUACUUUUAAUUUCUCUUGUUUUGCCUAUAUGCAAUCUUGGUCCACAAAUAAUUGUUUGCUCGAACUUAAUGACUAAAAACUUUUGAACUAAUUCAAUCAUUUUAACCAUUUAUCAUUCAAAAUAUCAAAUUCCAUGGGAGUCAUAAGGUGGUUUGGUAGUUUGGGGGAGCGAUAUUACACAGAAGAGUUUCCUAAAACUCAACGUGGAUGUUCACAUGGCAGUCGGGGGUUAGGGUUGGUCCUGCGAACUGAGUAUGAUAGCUUCAUAGCAAUGGUUUAAACGAUGCAGUCAUGACGGAAGCUUCAAAUAAAAUAUCCUUUUUACACUGAGCAUGUUGCACAGAUGCUUCAAACCUGCCAAGUGCAAAACAGCAUUGAAGCUUUUGCCGCGCAGGUUAGGCAAUCGAAGAGGGAAUUGGUUAAAUUGCCUGUGAAUGGUCAAGAUCAAACUACCAGAACUCAGGUUGAACAUGUGGGGAGGGAGGAGAAGACUAGGCAACAUAUGAGCUUGUUGAGAUAUACUGUGAACUUAUCGCAGCUUGCUUGCCCAUGAUUGUAUCACGAAAGUAUUUUCAAACUCUCGUUAUUUGUUUUCUUUCUCUGUUUUAGUAUAUUGAUGUUACCUGCAUUACUCGCUACUAAGUUAAUGUCACUGAACAUGCCAUCUCUUAAUCGUUUCCUGGCGUGGUUUGCUGCAUCAAUGUAUAAUUCAAUGCUUUUUAUGUCUCUGAGACUGUAUUGUGACUGCGUCAUCUGUUUGUAAAGCAACCAUGACUUUGAUGGUCCGUUUAAAACUGUAGCAUAAUAGUUAAUUAUUUUAGGGGAAUAUCAUCUCUUUUUCUGUGUA